CCCCUGGGUGGCUGAGAGUGAUGGGGCUCUGGGAUCUCCCCAAGGUGCUAGUGGUGUCCCCAGUGUCCCUGUGCCAUGCGGCCCUGCCUGCUGCUUGCCCUGGCCCUGCUGGGCACUGUUCCUGUUGCCUGCUCUGCUCUUGCCAGCCCUGCGGUGGAGGAUGAGGAGGACGUGACGGAGCUGGAGGUGCCCGAGGAGUACAGCAGGUGCCUGGGGGCCAGUGACAAGCAGACACCCGGUGUCCCCAGCAUGCCAAGCACUGCCACCUUCCGCUAUGUCGUCAUCCGCCACUGCCGAACCUUCCGCCACGCGCAGCGCGUCUGUGCCCGGCGCUUCCGCGGGCGCCUGGCUUCCAUCCACGAUUCCCGCACCAACAACUUCCUGCGGCUCCUGGCGUGCCGGCACACCAACGCUGGCCAGGUCUGGAUCGGUGCCGUCAGCCAGCCCGCUGUCCCAUUCCCGAGCUGCCACUGGACCGACCGGAGCCCUUGGAACUACAGCCAGUGGGUGCCUGGACACCCCCUGCCCGGCCACCGCUUCUGCACUGCUCUCUGCACCAACAAUGGGCUCUGGAGAAGCGUGCGCUGCAAGAGACGGCUGCCCUUCAUCUGCGAGAUAUGAGGGGCUCAUAUCUGGGUGCCCCCAGGCCUCCCCUACUGCUGUUCUCCCACGGGGGGUUGCACCCCCUCCCUCGGACCUCAAUAAAGUCUUGGUGUCAGCAUCACUUGGUGUUUGGGCUGGGGCGCCUGGCUGGGUGCAACCAGUGUGGGCACAGAGGGGUUUUGGAGGUGUCCCUUGUUUCCUGAACAGCUCC